UGUACCUGAUUUCUGGCAAAUAACAACAGUAGUUAAUAAACAGGUGAAAUAACGUGCAUCUAAAGCGACCUAAAAACGCGCAUUAUUGAGAAUAAUUUCGUUUAACAACGGGAGCGUUCGUAAAUUGCAAAAAUAGGAAAAAAACAUCCCACACAACAGUGCAAUAAAUAUACAAACUAAUAUGUAAUCGAUGACUAAGAUGUAAUAAAAUAAAAAUUGCGCAAAAAAAAAGUGUAAAACAAAUUCAAGUGUGAGGCAGCACGAAUUUAUUAAUAAAAAAAUUUAAGAAAUUUAAAAUUCAAUUUUAAAUGAAUUAUUUUCUGAUAAAUAAAAAAAUAACAAAAUAAAACAAACAAUGCUUUAUAUAAAAUAUAGUUCACUGACAUUAAUAAUAAUAAUAUUGGUGCAUUUUUGUGCUGGUCAAGGAUUGUAUUCCAUAAUAGCACCGAAUACUUUAAGGCCCAAUUCACAGUAUCACGUGGCAGUUAGUAUACACAAAGCUACAGAGCCGGUAAAAGUCAAAGUGGGUAUUUUAGGCAGCACUUACAGUGAAUCGAAAACAAUCGAAGUGCGGCCCCUUUCAACAGAAUUAAUAGAAUUCGAGAUACCUGCCCUUAAAAAUGAUCGUUAUAAACUUGUAGCCGAAGGUCUAACGGGUAUAAAUUUCGCAAAUGAAACCGAAUUGAAUUUUGAUCAUAAGCAGCAUACAGUUUUGGUGCAAACGGAUAAAGCCAUAUAUAAACCGACUGAUUUGGUGCAGUUUCGAAUCUUAAUAAUGGAUGCAAAUCUUAAGCCAGCACGCAAUUAUCCUAGUACUCAUAUAACCAUAAGAGAUGGUGGCGAUAAUAUCAUACGCUCUGAUAGAGAUGUACACAUAAUAAGCGGUGUUUAUGCGAACGAUUUGUUGCUAGCAGAUUAUCCGAAAUUUGGUGAAUGGUCCAUAGAGGUGCAAGUAGGCGAUGAGAUCUAUAAAAGAUCAUUCGAAGUAGUCGAAUAUAUUUUGCCAAAAUUUGUAGUCGAUAUCACUACCGAGAAGCAUGUUAUCUAUAAAGAUAAUAAAAUCAGUGCCAGCAUAAAAGCUUACUAUAUGUUCGGUAAACCUAUUGUGGGCGAGGCUACGCUUUCUAUAUAUCCCACUUUCUUUGGAUCUUUACAACCAUUCGUGAACGAUUUAAUAACACGUAAAGUGAUGCCUAUCGAUGGAAGCGCUUAUUUCGAAUUCGAUAUCAGAAACGAAUUAAAACUUAAAGAAGACUACGAACGUGAAUACUUAUUAGAUGCUUUAGUUGAGGAAACAUCCACAGGAUCCGUGCAAAACUUUUCCACUGUAAUAACAGUGCAUUUAGAUGCUUACAAAGUCGAAGCCGUAAAAAUGCCUCGUUACUAUAUACCGGGAAUUCCAUUUGAUGUGACGGUGCGAGUUACGUCUAACGUUGGUGGUGGAACAAAAGAUUUAAAAUCUGAACUUACGGCAUACUUGACUAACGUUUAUGGUAGCAGCGAGAUAUAUAAUAAAACUGUCUACAAUUUAGACGAACAGUCGCAGGUUAAAAUGAAAUUCACCGUACCAGCGGGUAAUCGAGAUGAAUAUCAUUCAGUUAUUGUCGACUAUAUGGGUAUUAUUACGGAUAUCGGCAAAGUGCCAAGUAAAUACAUUGGAGGAAAAAAUUUCAUCAUUUCAAAAAUUAUAACAGAGAGACCCGUAAUAAAUCAAGAGAUCGCGGUUAUGGUCCGUUGUAAUGAACCUAUAAAAUAUUUUAUAUAUCAACUGGUUGGUCGGGGCGAUAUUUUAUUAUCACGUUCCGUAGAGGUUUCCGAUAGUACACAGUACACUUUCAAAUUCUUAGCUACUUUUGCUAUGAUGCCGCGAGCCAAGCUAUUAAUCUAUACAGUGAUCAAUGGUGAAUUGGUUUAUGAUGAACUGGAUGUAGAGCUUGAAGAGAGUCUUUUAAAUAAUGUACGAAUUGAGGUUCCUUCAACAGCUUCGCCUGGUCAGGAUAUUGAUAUUUCUAUCGCAGCGAAACCUUAUAAUUAUAUAGGGUUAAUGAUCGUGGAUCAAAAUGCUAUCAACUUGAGAGAAGGUAGUGAUCUCUCCGUAAAGAGUUUAAUGAGAGCUUUAAAUGAUUACGAGCUUAGCGAUAUAAAUACACCGAUUAGUACACCGGGUAAAUUGUCGGGUGUAAUUACUCUGACCAAUGCGGAUUUCUGGCCAGUACGAGAAAGUUUUACAACUAUGGAAAAUCCUAUAUACCAUGAGGAUCAUAAGCUAACGACUAUAAGAAAGACUGAUAUUGGGCCCGCUCACACCAUAGAAAUUAAUACUUUAGCUCCCGGAAAAGGAAGAUUUGCUUUUUCAUAUACACCCAAACCUUUCUGGCAUAAUCCGCGUGUGCAUGUUAUGCACCCACCACAAAAUACUUGGCUAUUUUUAAAUGUAACGGCGGGCAACGAGGAACGCACUAUUAUACGUGAUCGUUUACCGAACGGUAUGACCAAUUGGAUUUUAACAGCUUUUGCCAUAGAUCCAGUGCAGGGCAUAGGUCUUGUGCAACCAUCAAAAGUAUUAGCGGCUUCCAAGGAAUUUUACAUAACGAACGAAUUCCCUUACUCUGUUAAACUAGGAGAAACGGUAGCUUUGCCAUUUGUGGUAAUUAAUAACAGGGACGAUGACUUGGAAGCAGAGAUUACUUUUUACAAUACAGCUCAGGAAUUUGAGUUUCCUCAAAUUACUGAAAAGCCGACACCAAAAUCAAAAGUAGAGCUUUACAGUCGCCGUACUUUAAUGGUAGGAGCUAAGUCAUCAAAAUCUGUAGCGUUUAUUGUUACACCGAAGCGGGUUGGCUCUCUUACAGUGAAAGCGGUGGUUGCCAGUAAACUGCUCACUGAUAGCGUAGAGGGUAAUCUCUUAGUGGAAUACCCAGGAUCGACAGAAAUAGUUAAUCGUGAUAUUCUUUUCGGGCUGGAAUCUAGCGAUAAACGUAAUAUUAGUGUCUCCGUUCGCAUACCACGUAACUCAAUAAAGGAAUCAGCUAAGAUUGAAAUAUCUCUCUAUAUGGAUUUAAUGGGCGGUAUACUGGAUAAUAUGGAGAACCUAAUAUAUCAACCUGUUGGUAAUGGUGAACAAGCUAUGAUCAAAUUCAUGCCACAUCUUAUGGUGCUAAAAUACUUACAGCGUUCCAGAAAACUUACCCCAUCAUUGGAAAUGAGAGCUAAAAAUAAUCUAAAAUUAGGUUAUCAACGUUUACUUUAUUAUCGUCAUAAAAAUGGUGCCUUUAGUGCAUUUGGGCUAACGGAAGAAAAAAGCUCAACUUGGCUAACAGCUUAUGCAGCGAAAGCCUUUAGCAUGGCUUCGGAAUUUAUUCAAAUUGAUGAAAGAAUUUUACAAACAGCCUUAAAUUAUCUUGCCAGCGUACAAAAUUCGAAUGGCGGCUUCGACGAACGAGGCGACGAAUUCGAACAAUUCAGAGAUAAUGGCAUAAGCUUAAGUGCUUUUGUCACUUUAGCCUUUAUGGAAAACUUGGGUCGCUACUCCUCUUACAAAAAUCAUAUCAACAAAGCUCUCGAUUUUGUAACACGUAGUUUAGAUGCAACGGAUAAUUUACAUUCGUUGGCAAUAGGUACCUACGUUCUAACAAAGGCAGAUCACAAUGCUAGAGCAGCCUUCUUGCAGCGUCUAGAUGCAAUGGCGGUAAAUGAAGAUGGCAAAAAAUGGUGGAAUAAAACUGCUCCGACUUCUGACGCGAAUUCGCCCUGGUACAAUCGGACACGCAACGUUAACGUUGAAAUUUCGUCGUAUGCCAUUCUGGCAUUGCUAGAAAACAAUCUACUUGACGAAACAUUGCCUGCCAUAAAGUGGCUAGUGUCUCAACGUAACGAUUUAGGUGGCUUUAUAGGAUCUCAAGACACCGUUGUGGCCUUACAAGCCUUAAUUAAUUUUGCCGAAAGAUUUUCUAGGCAACCCGCUUAUUUACAAUUAUUCUUCGACUAUGGAGAAAAACUUUCGGAAAAAACAGUUAUCGCUGAUACUGACAGUGCGCUACAAAAUCAUGAAAUUCCCAAUAACAUAAAGAAUAUAACAAUAUCUACAGCCGGUACGGGCACGGCCUUGGCUCAGGUAACCUAUAGAUAUAAUACGUAUGUAACCAGGGCUUGGCCACGUUUUGUUUUGGAUCCCACCGUCAAUAGAAAUUCUCAUUCCGAUUAUCUACAUUUGUCAGCGUGUACUAGUUUUAUACCGGCAGAAGGAGGUGCUAAUCGUUCGAAUAUGGCCAUUAUGGAAAUCAGUUUGCCGAGUGGUUUUGUAGUAGACACUGACACCUUACCCACCCUAGAAUCAAGUGAUAGAAUAAAGAAAGUUGAAACUCAAAAACGCAACACCGUAGUGAUUAUACACUUUGAUUUUUUGGAUCGUAAGGAAGUUUGCCCUACGCUUCACGCCUAUAAAACGAUAAAGGUAACGAAUCAUAAACCGGUAGCAGUUAUAAUGUACGAUUACUACGACAAUGUAAGGCGAGCUCGCCAAUUUUACCGAGCGCCAAAAUCACAAAUCUGCGAUAUCUGCGAGUACGCCAACUGUGGAACAAUGUGUCAAAAGGCUGAAAAACGUGAAUCCAAUGGAAUAGAUGGUGAUAUUAAUGAUCUCUUAAAUGAAACUAGUAACGCUUUAGGUUUUAUAAAAAUUCGAAAUUCAUAUUUAACAGCAAUUAAUGUGUUGUUAACGUUACUAAUAAUUAAAGUUUACACUUAAUUAAAAAACAAAGCCUUAAACAAAAUAUAUAUUUUAAAGGAAAAGAGAUGAAAGAGUGUAUAGUAUUAAUGUAAAUGUAAAAAAAAAAAAAAAAAA